AUGAAAGUAUACUGUAUUUAUGAUGGGAAGAAUGUCAUGGGCGACGUGGUGAAUAAUGUGACAGAGCCCUUCAAGCUGAAGAUCGAUAUCCCAGCCUCCUGGCAAGAUGGUCCAUGUGAGCGUCUUCUCAACUUCUUCCUGAAAACUCUUCGGGAGAAGCGCCAAGUCGAUGUGACUGAGGACUGUGUAACGAUGAUAUGCAACGGCGUGAAUCUGAAGCUGCAAGACUGCAUAGUGAGCUUCAUUUCGGAGUAUAACGACAUCUACAUUCUGCACAGGGCACCCAGAAAAGAAGAAGAGGCACACGAGGGCGAAGUGCGAUGCACUAAUUUUGGAUGCAACCAAUACUACAAGGAGGAGGAGAAUAUGGAUGACUCAUGCCAUCAUCACUUGAAGGGCCCUGUCUUUCAUGACUUGGAGAAGUUUUGGGGGUGCUGUGAGAGCAGGAAGGCCUUUGACUGGGAAAGUUUUGAGAAGAUACCAAAGUGCUGUGUUGGACGCCAUAGCACUGCGAAGAAGCCGUUUGCUUUUCCAAAGGAGAAGCUACUCAACAUUCCUCUUACAUCCUCUCAAGUGGCGCAGGCAAGCCAAGCGCAUUCAUGUAUGCACAAUGAAAGGCAAACUACUGGUCCCAGAGAGUUCGAGGGUGCUUCACUUUCACAGGCCGAACCGCAGCAAAUUGUGGAUGGCAAGGCAAGGUGUCGAAAUUUCGGUUGCUCAAAGGAAUUUGUUGUCACAGAAAACACGGACUCUUCGUGCCAGUACCACAAAGGUGGACCUGUCUUCUGGGACACCUACAAGUACUGGAAGUGCUGUCCGGAGAAGAAAUGUUUGGAGUUUGAUGACUUUGUGAAGAUACCCGGGUGCUGUAAAGGAGCUCAUCGACUGUGA